AUGUCGCACGAGUCGGCUCUCAAUGGGCAAGGCAUCCAGCUGCCGGGAGGCACCUUCAAUGGCGACAACUUCACCUGGAGUCAGUUGCCAAGGCAGAUCGCUUGUAAUGAAAAGAGGCGUUUGCUAAUAUUUGAUGGUCGCUAUGAAGACAGUUACAACUAUGAUCCACGUCAGACACCAGAUCACUCAAGCGGCACUCCUCGGACGCCUGAGGAGCGGAAGCAGGCCCUGCUUCAUAGCCUCAGAUUCGACGAGAUGAGUCAACGCCUGCACAAGAUCAGCGUCUCCGAGGCAAGACCAUGCCGCUGGCUUCUGCGAUGUGAAGCCUACCAAGCAUGGGAUCCGAUGCCUGCAACCCACUCUGCGAGCGACUACGCGCCGCCAUCGCCUCCGCUGUCCGACACGCGUCCUCUGCUCUGGAUUCGCGGCAAACAAGGGACUGGCAAGUCGACUCUGAUGAAGUUUGCAUGCGAGCACGCAGAGAAAUCCCGAAGUGGGGAGAGCAUCCUAACUCAUUUCUUCCACACGCGCGGUGUUGAGCUCCAGAGGUCGGUCGAAGGCAUGUAUCGGUCUCUACUUGUGUCGCUCGUAAGCGACGCUACCACCGCCGAAAUAGCUGAACUGCUCCGGAGAUCAGGGACGGAUCCUGCGGAUGAUGGUUGGACUAUCAUGGAACUAGAGAAUCUCGUUACUCUGGCCAUCGAUAUACUCGAGCUGAGGCCGAUGACGUGGUUCGUCGAUGCCCUGAACGAGUGCAACCGCGAUCAGAUCCACAAGAUGGCCAUGUUCUUCAACGAUCUUACUGAGAGAGCACUCGCGCGCGAUCUCCAGCUUCGCAUCUGCCUCGCGAGCAGGCAUCAUCCUUACAUAUCCCUUCGCCACGCAACGGGGCUCGUUGUCGAGAAUGAGCCUGGCCACAUUGAGAACGUUAGCGCUUUCAUCACCAACAAGCUCCACAUUGGCCGUAGCCUUCUCGCGGAGAGAAUUCGGGACGAGAUGCGCCACAGAGUCCAGGGAGUAUUCAUCUGGGUGUGGCUCGUGGCGUACAUUCUUCAGCUUGACUAUGGUCGGGCUCGGCUACGGGGCCUGAUGGACCGGCUGCGAUCGAUCCCCCGAGAUCUCGCCGAGCUAUACCGGGAAAUUUUCAAAGACAUGCAGUCCGAUCCUGAUCUUAUCAGAGUCUACCUUGAGCUUCCAAGAAAGUGCACCUGA